GUCUUCAAGAUGAACUCAACACGUACACAACUCWUCGCCGCCAUGUUCUUGCUCUUCUUGGCUGUGGUCAACUGUCAGUUGACCUUCUCGCCAGACUGGGGUAAGCGUUCGGUGGGCGGCAGCGUAGGUGGCGGCGCAACUGGCUUCUUCGACACGCAGCCUAGCGGCAAUUGCAAGACCUCCAAUGAGAUGCUGCUCGAAAUAUUCCGCUUUGUACAGGCAGAGGCGCAACUCUUCCUGGACUGCAAGCAUCGCGAGUAGAAGUCAUGUCAUUAAUCAYCACAUAAAUACUCGAUAUUUUUAAUAUAUACAUAUGUGCAAUUGUUUUUGCAUUUUUUAUUUUGGGGUAGUCGGCAUUAGUUUGGAUAAAAUCCGCUUUUCAAUACUUCAAAUGUUUAUUUGAAAUUAAUUAAUAAAAACUAUAGUGU